AUGACCCAUGGAGGACGAGGUGACAGAGUUGCAUUCCAUCCCCCCGACGCCGCCAUGGCCGCAGAUCUGAAGAGAGAGCGAAAUGAUGGAGCCUAUCUUUCUGCCAAUACUCCUUCUAAGGGUGCUCAAACUGUUAAGCUGCAACCUAUUGCAGUCCCAGCUAUUCCUGUUGACGAGAUAAGGGAGAUCACAAAAUAUUUUAGUGAUGAAGCUUUGAUUUGGGAGGGUUCAUUUGGUAGAGUGUAUUUUGGUGUCCUAAAGAAUGAGAGAAGCACAACGGUAAAAAAAUUAGAUUCAAGCAAGCAGCCAGACCAAGAGUUUUUGGCACAGGUUUCCAUGGUGUCACGGCUGAAGCAUGAGAAUGUCGUGGAGUUAGUUGGUUACAGUGUUGAAGGAAAUCUCCGUCUGUUAGCAUAUGAGUUUGCUACAAUGGGGUCUCUCCAUGACAUUCUUCAUGGACGAAAAGGAGUUAAAGGAGCACAACCAGGACCAGUGUUGUCAUGGCUCCAAAGAGUUAAAAUUGCUGUCAGAGCAGCAAAAGGAUUGGAAUACCUGCAUGAGAAAGCCCAGCCUCAUAUCAUUCAUCGUGAUAUAAAGUCAAGAAAGUGAAAGUGAGGAUGAUGGUCUUGACAUGGGUGAUGAUGAUGAUGAUGUUGAGGAACCUGAAAAU